AUGACGGUGGCCCAAGACCAGCCAAGCCGGCGCACAUAUCGAGGCAACUGCCACUGCGGCAACUUCGUCUACGAAGUCGACCUCCCCGAACUAAGAAGCGUCGUGGAAUGCGAUUGCAGCUUCUGCAGCCGCACGGGAAACCUAUACGUUUUGACAGACGCAGAGAGCAACUUUAGGAUCGUGAAGGGAACCGAGGAGAAACUCAGGUCUUACACAUUUGGAGCGGGAAAUAAGAUUCACAAGUUCUGUCCUAAAUGCGCAACGAGUUUGCUUUCAAGGAUGCCCAAUGGUCCCCCGCGCUUGAAAUUGUUACUGAAUACACGAGCCUUGCAGAAUGUCGACUUGAAUCCGUUGGAACGAAGAAACAUCUUCAACUCCAAGAUUGGAGCAGAGUAUUUGCCUCCAGAACACAAAGGAGAGAUCCCGCCAAAUGUUGAGGGAGGCCAGUUAUACACUGGAAGCUGUCAUUGCGGUGCAGUUACCGUGGCUCUCUCAUGCAAGCCAUUAGAUGAAUUCAACGAAGGGGUGGUAGUUGUAUGCAACUGUAGCAUCUGCUCUCGGAACGGAUAUAUCUGGCUUUCCCCCAGGCCCGAAAACGUAGUCCUCUCAGGGUCCGAGGAUGCCAUUGGCCGCUACACAUUCGCCGAAGGACUGACGAGCAAAACGUUCUGCCGCACUUGCGGUAUCAACAUGACGGACCUCCGAAAUCAACUCUCUCGAGACGAGGUCCGAGCGCUGAGUAAGCAUUCCCGGCAAGUCUAUGGGAGAAACAAGGAGUCUCAUCCGGUGAAUGUGCGUAUACUGCAUGGGGUGGACGUGGACAAGUUGAAAAAGGUGACUUUUGCGGGUGCGACAGUGAUGCCGUCGACGUAUAUAAAUCCUUGA